AUGAGAAAAAACGAUUCCUUCCGUCGUGUAUCCCCGAUUGAUGCAACCUCAAAUACUAUAGCUUCAUUUAUAGAUUUUUGUAUUGAACGAAAGGUUACACCUUUGUGUUUUGUAUUACAGGUCAAUCCUACUUCCUAGUAAUAUAGUACCAAUAGGCGGCAUAGGGGAAGAAGCACUACACCUAGCAAUCGACAGCACAAAAGCUUUGUUAAAAAUUACUUACCUACUCCCUUUCUUAUCUGGGUUAGGACUAACAAGAAUGGUUGGGCCAACAAACAUCCAUCUCGUUUGUACUUUGGAUACCCGUAUAACCAUCGAAGCCUGUUGAAGUGACUAUUUCCUGGAAAUUAGGAGGCGUUGAGGACAAAGGAAUUGUUGAAGUUAUCCUUUCUAUUUAGUAUCAAGACACUUGAUUCUAGUAAAAGCUCUUGCGCAAGAAGGUUGGCUAGAUAUUUUUUGUAAAAACACUAGCCCCGCUCAGUUCAUAAUGAGAAUGUUUUAAUCCCUUUUCCAUGUAUUUUGAAUUCUCAUUAUGUAUAUUAUAUUUAAGGGAGGAGCCGUAUGAGGUGAAAAUUUCACGUACGGUUCUGGAACGGCGAUUCUUUGAAUCGAAUAACGACCGUAACGGAUGUCAGCUCAAUCCGAAGGAAAUUAUGCGGAAGCUUUACAGAAUUAUUAUGAAGCUAUGCGACUAGAAAUCGAUCCUUACGAUCGAAGUUAUAUACUCUAUAAUAUAGGCCUUAUUCACACAAGUAAUGGAGAACAUACGAAAGCUUUAGAAUAUUAUUUUAGGGCACUAGAACGAAACCCAUUCUUACCACAAGCUUUUAAUAAUAUGGCAGUGAUCUGUCAUUACGUGCGGCUAUCUCCACUAUAGAAAGAAAAAAGAAGACCCAAUUUUCUAGUAAAUACUAAAAAAA